CUACACGGUAUUAAUUUGUACAAAAAAUAUAUUCCAGUCAAUUUUUGGACUAUUUGGUAGCAGGGAAAUGUCUAGCAAUUUUGGGCCAGGACCAGGCGCUUACAUGCUGCCCAGCCAGUUCGACAAGGGGGCGGGCCGUGGGCCGCAGUACUCCUUCGGCCGUCGGACGGGAAAAAAAACAAUCGACGAAGUCGGGCCUGGACCUGCCGCCUACAAGGUCGACAAUGUCACUCGCCACGGCAGGUCGGAUGGGCUGCAGUUUUCGAUAUUGCGGAGGAGACCCAUAAAGCCCGCCAAAAUAAGAUACGAUUUUGAUUGAAUCUGUACCAUUUCGACUGCAAUUAAAGCUAAACAAGCUGUCAACCAA